GUUACAUACCCCAACGAGCUGCAGAGACUGACCUGCCCAGUGCGGCACGAAUACAGGACCUGCCAUAGUGGGACACCGUAACCAAUGUCGUCAGAUCUCGCCCGAUUGGAACCGGCCUCGGCGCGCUCGCGGCCUCGUGGCAACCUCCUUCAACGCAGCCACCGAGCUUCAUCUCUAGACUCUGGCCCGCGACGGCGUCGGCCUUGUAUCUCAUCUGCUCUGACGAUUCACCUGACGCGGUAUUGAUGUCCCGGAAAGGCCUGAUGGACGCAAUCGAGCAGCCGGCGUAUGCGGAGGAAGAGCUGGUCAGUGGGGAGGGUGACGAAGUCAUGGAGGACGUCGACGACCAGGAAGAGGGCUACAGCUCAUCAACUCCAACAUCAACCCUAACGUGGAUCAGCUGGUUUUGCUCCCUGCCGGGACACGAAUACUUUUCCGAAGUAGCCGAGGAUUUUAUCGAGGACGACUUCAAUCUGACAGGCUUGAACACCAUGGUGCCAUUUUGGAAAGAGGCGAUGGAGAUGGUCCUCGAUGUCGAGGCGGAUGAGGACGCGUCCAAAAUACCAGACGUUUCCAUCGUAGAGGCGUCCGCAGAAUUGCUCUACGGUCUCGUACACCAACGAUACAUACUUACGCGUGCAGGGCUACAAGCGAUGGUGGAUAAAUACGAGGCAGGGACAUUCGGUUCUUGUCCACGCGUUAUGUGCAAGGGCACCAACGUCGUCCCCUGUGGUCGCUCCGACAUGCCCGGGAUCGACACCGUGAAGCUCUUCUGCCCGAACUGCAAUGAUCUCUAUACCCCUCCCAGCAGCCGAUUCCAAGGCGUCGACGGCGCCUUCUUCGGUACAACCUUCGCGCAUCUGUUCUUCCAGAGCUACCGCGAGCUCGCACCAGCUCCAUUCUACAGACCGCAUUCCCCCAGCAGUUCCUCCGGAUCCCCGCACUCCUCUGGCAGCUCGCCCCGCCAAUCCCCCGUCUUCGUUAAUCCCAACCCCAACGGCGGCCAGAAGCGUGCCGCUGGCAAGGUCUAUGUUCCUAAGAUCUAUGGUUUCAAAAUCAGCGACCGAGCGAAGAGUGGGCCGAGGAUGCAGUGGAUGCGUAUGAGGCCCUGGAGUCCUGAGGAACUGGACGAAGUUGACUGGAGAGGGAAGUGGAUCGAUGACGAGGAGGACUAUGGGGAGGAGGAGGACGAUGUUGACGAGGAUAGGCCUAUGGAGGACUUUGAUCCUGACAUGGGAGAGGGCGAUGAGGACGAGGAUGAAGAGGAGGAGGACGAGGAUCAGCCACAGUCGUCACAGAAGGGCAAGCGCGUGGUACACUCGGCCUCCGCGCCGUCAUUGAGACCCGCGCUUCCCGACGCGACCUCUGCAUCCCCGAGGCCGAGCGCGCCACCACAACCUCCGCAGGAGGAUCUCCGAUACGCGUCCCGGGACCAGAGUCAUGGAUCCGGCUCGAAGGUUAGAGUUGUGCGGCAGUGGGCGCCGCGGGGGACCACUGCACAGGCCUGAACACUUCAAUACGGUAGAUAGAGUGCAGCUUUGUCUUUAGUUUAUUAGCGUGCAAUGGUGUCGAAGCCUCUGCUUUCUGUCCCUCAUAAAUGCCUUCAAGUGCGUACUCUUCUGGCUGUUCCUGGACUUCUUCAUCGAGAUGUAUUCAUUUUCCCGGGAGAAAGAAUACGUUUCAACCAAGUUUCAAUAGCAAAAGAUC